CCCGCGGUACCGCCCCUGGCCGGGCGUGGGCGGGGCUGUGGCUGGAAACCGGAAGCAGCCGCGGCCCCAGCUCGGAAGACAUGGCGGGCAUUAAAGCUCUUGUGUUAUUAUCCUUCAGUGGGGCUAUUGGACUGACUUUUCUUAUGCUGGGAUGUGCCUUAGAGGAUUAUGGUGUUUAUUGGCCCUUGUUCGUCCUGAUAUUUCACGCCAUCUCUCCCAUUCCUCAUUUCAUUGCCAAAAGAGCAACAUAUGACUCUGAUGCAACAAGCAGUGCCUGUCGGGAACUGGCAUAUUUUUUCACUACUGGAAUUGUUGUUUCUGCCUUUGGAUUUCCUGUUAUUCUUGCUCGUGUGGCUGUGAUCAAAUGGGGAGCGUGUGGCCUUGUGCUGGCAGGCAAUGCAGUCAUCUUCCUUACAAUUCAAGGUUUUUUCCUUGUAUUUGGAAGAGGAGAUGAUUUUAGCUGGGAGCAGUGGUAGCACUAUAUUCUGCUAAAACGCAUUUAAUUUCUUAUAAUUCAUACUAUAUGUGUGUGCACAUGUGGCUUUUUGCUAUGAAAUUCAAUAUGCUGGGUGUUUUUUUUUAUACUUUUAUAUCAUGUUCAAUUUAAGGAGGACUGUAUGAGAAAGAGAUUUGUUUUAGUACCAGCAAAUAGACCACUCCAUGUACUCACGUUGAAUUAUGUUACUUGGCUCUUCAUAUAGUCAUGGUGCUCCCAGAAAAUAUAUUAACACAGUCUUGUAGCCAGCUGCUCACAUAUGCAAUGCAUCUACACCUUUUGCCUGGGGAUGUGCGUGGACAGGAGCAGGUCUCAGUUCUGCUCACUUGUGGCCCAGAGAGACAGAGGCGGCUCCCUCCUUGGGUGGUGGACCCUUGCUUCUCAGCGUGUGGUCCAUGGACCAAGAGCAUCGGCAUCUCCUAGGCACUUACUACAAAUGCAGAAUCUGAGGCCCCACCCCAGACCCAAUGCAUUUUGAUGAGACCCCCAAGUGAAUUGGAUGAGAAGCGCUGUCAUAGAGGACUAAGUAUCAUACGCAGUUUCCUUUUCUUCCCCUUGCAGAACCCCUUAACCUCUGCUCAUUUAUGAAAAUUGUUCCACCUGCCCCCAUGUCUGAGGCCUAGCUCAGACUCGCUUUGGUAUUUGUGAAAUGUCCUCACCUGUAAUGUGUAGGCUGUUCCUCAAAUUUAUGAAGUGUUCUCAGGAACCAGUCCCUGCUUUAACAGGAUGAGGAAGACUAGAUAGGUGAUUCCGUUUAGUUUCCCUUUAUUAUCCGACACUUCUGUCCCAUUCCUUCCUGUGCUGCUCCUCCUCCCCUCCCCAAACACAUACUAUCAGCAGUUCUGAUUGGUCCUUGCUUCUUCAUGGCUGUGGUCCAUCCUUUCUAUAGAGACAUGGAACCAGGUAAGCAAGCAGAGGGUGAGCUGCUUAAUUUUCCUUACAUGCUGAUGUACUUACUGUCUUUUAUGUCCUGUAGGACUUUUUAUAUAGAUACUAACACUUUAGGCCACUUUUAAAUGAAUCAUGAGGAAUACAUGUCAUGCUGGAUCCUAUAAUCACAGUUUUUCUAGCUCAACUUGAUGUCCAAGAGAAAGGGAAAUAUGGGAAUUAGAACCACUUAAUCAGAUUAGUAGAAGCAGUGAUUUUAGAGUAUUGUUAAUGUGUGAUAACUGACUUACAUUCAAAACACUGACCCUUUAAGUUUGUAAUCUGAGUAAUUAGCAUAUCCUUUCAUAUUCUGGAAUCAUACUGAGACCAGAAGAAGAUAAAAGUGAUCCCUAAAAGGACAGUAUGCAAAGUUACAUUUUGACCUUGUGCAUGAUUUUAUGUUUUCAGUGUUCUGUGUACAUAUAGAAUUGUUGAAGUUAUUAUUUCCAAUAUUUAUAUUAGAAAAAAUAUAUAGGCACUUUAUAAUUUUAACCAGCAUUUUUAAUAACACUUGCACUUAUUGUAUUGUAAUAAAUUUCACUUUAAACACAAAAGAAAA